GUGGGUGGUACCGCCUCUCGUGGAUAACGCGAGCGAUUAGUCGAUUACUCGGCGCAUACACGACCGCGGGGUGUAUGUACACGACGCAUGCGUAAAGCACAUCGACUGCAAAAUGUGACGUAUAGGACGCACGCGUAAACAGUCAUUAGAUCGCAGUCUCCAGCGACAUUUCCAAUUUCUCCUAAAACGUGAUUCCGCACAAGAAAACUGUCGAAUGACAGUUACGUGAAAAUUUCAGGCAAGAGGAUUCGACCCUACAUUUACCGAGAUGAGUCUCGAAUCCGGUGGAAGAAUAUUUUAUCAGCUGCUCUUGGCAAUCUUGCUUUUUCAUCCACAAGUAGAUGGGAAUUAUUUUAGGACUAAUUCGAAAAAGGACGACCAAUGUUUUUGCAAGUUAAAAGGAUCGAUAGACGAUUGUACCUGCAAUGUGGACACUGUCGACUACUUCAAUAACAUGAGAAUAUAUCCGAGAAUUCAGAGUCUUCUAGUCAGAGAUUACUUUAGAUUUUAUAAAGUAAACUUGAAGCAGGACUGCCCGUUUUGGGCAGACGACAGUAAGUGCGCUAUACGUCAUUGUCAUGUGUUACCUUGUCAAGAUGAUGACAUUCCAGAGGGUUUAAAAGGGGAGGUGUCGAGAAAUAUACAUUUUAAUGAAAGCCCGGUAGACAAGUACAGAGCCGGUGCACAAAUCACCAAUUGUAGACACAGUGCGAGAGAUCACAAUAUAGAACUCGGAUACUUGAAUACGACAAUCAGUUCCGAGAAUUACAAAGAAUUUGAACGAUGGCAGCGGCACGAUGACGCACAAGAUAAUUUCUGUGUAAAGGAAUCUAGUCCCGGAGAAUACGUGGAUCUUUUACUCAAUCCUGAAAGAUAUACAGGAUAUAAGGGAGUCAGUGCACACAGAAUAUGGCGGAGUAUUUACAUGGAAAAUUGUUUUAGGCCUGAAAACUCGCCUCACAUUUUUAUACAAUCUUCCAAAAUAAAUGGAAUGUGUCUAGAAAAACGAGUCUUUUACCGAGUAAUAUCCGGCUUGCAUGCUAGCAUUAAUAUACAUUUAUGUUCAAAGUAUUUGAUAGUCCCCCAAGAUGGAUUACGAGUAUCGGCCGAUAAUCAAUGGGGUCCUAACUUGGAAGAAUUAGAAAAAAGAUUCUCUCCUGAAGCAACGGGUGGCGAAGGCCCCAGUUGGCUAAAAAAUUUAUAUUUCACUUAUUUACUUCAAUUAAGAGCUCUAGCCAAGGCUGCGCCUUACUUGGAGAGAGAAGAAUAUUAUACGGGUAAUGAAAUGGACGAUGAGGAUACCAGACUGGCUGUGAAUGAUAUACUGACUGUUGUCAAAUCAUUCCCGGAACAUUUCAAUGAAACAGUAAUGUUUACCGGUGGAACGGAGGCACAACUGUUGAAAGAAGAAUUUAGGCAACAUUUCAGAAACAUUUCGCGCAUUAUGGAUUGCGUUGGUUGCGACAAGUGCAAGUUAUGGGGUAAAUUGCAAAUCCACGGUCUAGGCACCGCGUUAAAGAUACUAUUCUCCGGAAAAUUCGACAAGUGGGAACCAACGCUCAAUAAUCUCAAUCGAAAAUCAUUCUUCUUGGAAAGAAGCGAAAUUGUUGCCCUGGUGAAUGCUUUCGGAAGAUUAUCGGAGAGCAUCUUCGAACUGGACAGAUUUCGCCGGAUGAUGAGAUAACGUACCAUUCUGUAAUUACUAAUCGAUAAUUAGGUCCUAUACGGUACCACUACGAGUCUACAUCACGUAAACGCAUCACGUAACUCAGAUUUCUAUCUGAGUCUCUAUCUUUUCUUCCCUAUUUGUUUUUUCUUUUCUUUUGUUCGUUUUUAUUCGUAGAGAGUAUUUUGUGAAUACAGGUUUGACGCAGGCUCCGGGCGCUGCAAACACAUGUAGCUAAAGAAUUAACUGUAUCGAAUUAAUAACUGUAGAAUUAAUUGCCGUUUAACAUCGUGCAAUUCCGCUUGAGCGAAAGGGGACGGGAAAUGUGCUGUUUUAUGUUGGAUCAGUUGUACAAUCAUGCAAAUGUAAAGUUUAAGAAACAUUUAUAGCGUACGCAUCUUUUAAUUACUUAACUGUCAACAAUACAAUCGAACGCGGAUCGUAGCUGUUUAUAUAUAUUUAUAUUUUAUGACGAAAAGAAAAAUCUGUACACGUUAAAUGUACAUGUUGGGCCCGAUUGCACCAGUGUUUACCUACGUCGACGAGAAAUCGAUGAGGUUUCCCUUUACAUUUGUAUCAUGGCUAGGACAACGCUAAGUACUAAUCGUAAUUGAGAUGUAAUUUAGUACAUAUACAUACAUACAUAUAUAGGAUAUAUCAGGAUAAACGAAAAGAGAAACCAGACUAUUGGUGUAUGUGCUUAUUAUACAAAGUAAUUAAUUAGAGGUACCUAUUUUAUAAGACUGUCCUCCGAAUUGAUAUUUCUUUCCGACUUUGAUCGUAACUUUUGACUCUGUCUGUGAUAAAUAUCUUAUCUAAGGCAAUUAAUUGUAUGCAUACAUAUAUACAUAUAUACACAUACACAUAUAUAUUUUUACAUACUCUACUAAACGUGCGCAUGUGCAUAUAUUAUACUAUACUUUAAAGAGUCAAAAUUUCGUUUAUAUACGAUAGAUAUUUUUUAUUCUACAUAUAAACGAUUACUGCAUGUAGAGAUACAUAUAAAGGUCCAAAUGAUUGAUGUAAAAGCAAUACGAGCUGCGAAUAUUCGAAUUAUGUAACCGUAUGCAAGUUUUUGCGUUUUAUUAUAUCGAUACUUGUUACGACUACCUGUAGACGAGAAAAAACGGACAUUUAUAAAUAAAUAAUGUGUACGAGUGCAAUA